CACAUCUAAUAAUAAUCACGUCACCAUAAAUACAUAAGUUUCAGAAUUAAAUACCUAUAGUAUAAAUAAACAUAACACGGGUUUAAAUUUUCUUUUGAAAGAAUUAAUGUAUGCACAAAUUUUAAUUGAUCGCGGCGACGAGCGCCCUCUACUAUUUAUCAAGUGAGUAUCGGCCAGAAUGCAUGUAAACAAAUUCUUAGGUUAUGUCAAAACUGUCAUGUACGAACAUGUUAAAUAUUCCUGACGAUAAACUACCCCAAGAAUUUAAAGAUGAAGCUCGACUGGAUUCUUUAUAUUCGCCAUUUAGAAGCCGUACUGUUAAUCCCAGAGACUGGGACACUAAAAUAUCGUCUUGGAAGCAUUUGAUUUCAUUGUAUUGUGUUAACAAUCAAGUGUACAGUUUUAGUUUAGUUCAGUUAAAAAAGUUAUUUGUCCGAAAUGGGAGGCCCCCAAGUUGUUUUGAUACAGUUCUCGAAGAACUUGUCAAACAGGGCGAUUUACAGUACUUCGAAGAUUUUACUAAAGAGUCGCCAAAAACAUGGAGUGGUUGGGCCACCAAUUUACUAGUCACAAAACCAUUAUCAUGGUCUUUUAACACCGUAAAGAAGUCACUGUUUUCCAGUCAUAUCAACCCAGAUAGAAUUUAUGUAAAUAUAGGUGUUGUUCAUAGCGAAGCGCAGAAAAUCUUAACAACUAUUCCUGGUAAACACAGAAACAAGGUUAUGAACUUCUCAGAGUUUUUAAAACUGAUUGCUAGAAACGAGAGUCAAGGUGAAGAUGUUAAGCUCUUGUUACACUAUCUUAUUCAGGAAAAGAAGGCCGAUUUGAAGAAUGUUCAAAAAGAUGGAGAUGCUGAGUCUUUGCUGGUAAAAAUUGGCUAUCAAGACAAAGUAAUAACUCCAAUUUCUGAAACUGAUGUUUCGUUAUAUGUGUUGCAACAAAAUGAAAUAGUUUUAACCAGACACGUUGAAGAUCUAGAAGAUGAAGUUAUGUACUGCAUCAAGGAAGUUAAAGCACAUUUGUUGAAAGGGCAUCGACUACUUGCAAAAACUUGCCUGAAGAAGAAACAUGAAAUUCAAAAACGUUUAACACAUAAAACAAACGCGUUACAUAAUGUCCAAGUUUUGUUGGAAAGAAUUAAAGAUGCCCAGACUGAUGCUGAAGUGUGGCAGUCUUACAAACAAGCUCUCUCUGCAUUUAAUACCAAUAUCAAAGAAACAGGAUUGUCUGAAGAUGCAAUUGAAGACACCAUGCUUAAAUUAGGAGAGAUAUUGGACAUCCAUGAAGAUAUCCAGACUUCCAUUUCAAAACCAGUUAUUGCAGAAGAUGAAGACUUGGAAGAAGAAUUGGAGGAACUCAUGAAAACUGAAGAUAAAUCUGAAAGUGGUAUCAGUUCAGACUUGGAUGAACAGUUGGCCAAGUUGGAUAUUUCCGAUUUACCUAAAGUACCCAGCGCAAACGUGUCAGUGCAAGAAGCUUUAUAAUUUGUAUGGAUCCCAUUUAAAUAAACUAUACAUGUUAGAAACUGCAAUUUAAAAUUCAGGUGCAUAGGUUAAAUUGCCGUUUCUAAUAUUAGAACUGGAUUGUUA